CUUUCCUUUCGGAUGCCCACCGCAGUGAGUGUAGACCACCAGUCUAUGCAUCAAUUAUACACUUUCCUCACCCUCUGACUCAUUUUCUAAUCUAAUUGGCUUGUUGUUUGAUAGCAUGCUCUUCCUCACUAGGUUGUUCAGGUGGUCGUUGCUAUGGUCCUCUUUCGAGGCUUGUAUCCUUGACCAGCGUGUCCUGUUGAGUAUCCUUAUGCCAUACCUCAUGGUUAUAGUCACAAGGACAACGAGGAAGCUUGUGAAUAUGUAAAACGCACUCCAGUGUUCCUCAAAGUGGUUCAUCAAGUUCAUACCGAGCAAUCCAGUGAAGAAGGAUCCCAAUCCGAGUGCCGCAGUGACGACAGCCAGUUGUAUUUCCAGGUGUAGCAAUCUGUUUCUCGUUGCAGCCAUAACGAGGUCGAUAUGCCGACUGGUGGACUGCAAACGAGUUGUUAGAGCUGCUACAGCUGAGCAGAGAGUUGAUGAUUGCUUCAAAUAGGCUUCCAAGAGAAGCUCAACUUCAUCAUCUUCACCUUCGUUGCGCGGCUUUCCGAAAUGCUUGGCUGUCAAGUACAUAGCAGCCAUGUCCUCCUCUUCUCGAAGGACUUCUUCUAUUGCUUUGUGCAUACCACGUACUUUCCUAUUUGCUUUGUCGACAGCUGUCGAAAGAUCGAGCAUAUCCAAUAACUGGUCAUGUUCUAUGCCUUUUGUGCGGAGUGUCUCGAGGAGUGUGUCUGUCGAGAGCGUGAGACUCGCCACACGCUUUUCUAGUAAGCUGAAGGAAUGCAUCAAGAGAGUUUCUAGUGCGUUGAAUUCGAAAGGAUAGGUUCGCUUUGUAAAAUCAUUAGACGUCAGUCUAUUCUCCAAGCUGAGAAGAAUAGUAUGGAUAAUUUCAAUCGUUGCCGGAUUAUGACCAAUGCCGACGUCGUUCUCGCCUCUGACGACGAGAAGUCUGUCUGAUCUAACAAUAGCACGUACGCCCUCGCCGGCAUAAACGAUACAGCUGUCCCUAAUCAAAAUCGACGGUUCGUCAUCGCUGAGUGGGCUAUCCAAGACUCUCAAAUCUCUAUAAGGAAUGCUGGCUGACUUGCAAAUCUGCGUUCUCGUUGAAUUCGGUAGUUCCGAUGGCUGUAGCGAUGGUAGACUGUAGAGCACCAACUUGAGUGUCGAUGUUUUUCUAGGCGAGUCCUCUGAACUCGAGAGUUGCGGUAGACUUGGUGUAGGUGAUGGUGCAGGUGCGAACGACUGUCUAAUCUGCUUAUUCUUGCGUAUGUCCAUCGUCGUAGACUCUCAAGAGCGAACAGUCAUCAUGUCAGGAUUCUUGAAGCGUACGAUAUCUGGUAUAGGGAAUAAGCCAGCGAAUAAGCAAUCUGAUAAGAACAAAGAGAGCUUAUCUUCUGCCAAAGUGCCAAUAUCCGAGGUAGACUGUCACUCCUGUGUAGCGAAAUGUGAUGGCGAAACCGGUGACUUUGAGGAUUUCCCAAAGAAUUUCGAUAUUGAUACUACUUCAAACAUGCUCGGCACUUACAAACCAUUUUCUAAGCAAGUCGUUAUAAGCACAGGUAGAACAGAUUGGGAGCAUGAUAUCACAGAUAAUGAGCUCACCCUGGCUGGUAUGCUCGACCGUACACAGGAUACUUUCCAGCUUAAAGACGAUCCUGGUCUCAUGCAACGUAUCAUAGCGAAAAGAGCAAACACAAGCGUACAAAAAGUACCACAAGUAGCCUCACAUCCUAUAAAGUGUGAAGGUGUAUUCGAUACCCGGAUUGAGGGUAAUAACAACAUCCAGAUCCUUAACGGCUCUCAUAUCUCCCCUUCAACAAAGAAAGAAAGAGAGUCAGCCCUUGUUUUCCCUGAUUACGUAUUAGCAGAGAACAUCUGCGUCAAUAGGGAGACUGCCGAAGACUUCUUCAAGUCACACCUCGCUGUCAAUCACCUCGUUGCGUCCGAGAAGGCUAUACGCACAUACCCCCUCCCAUAUAUCGCCACAGUCCUCAUAUGCUCACACAAAUCUCGCGACAAGAAAUGUGCAAUUUCUGCUCCUAUCAUUGAACGAGAAAUGAUAAAAUGUGUCGAAAGUGAAGGUUGGAACAUUGACAAGAGAGGUGACACAAUAUCCCUCGAUCACAAACCCGUUCAACUCCCCCAGGGUGGUUUCAGCAUGACUGCCACACCUUAUACUUCUCCUCAAAUCAAGGCCUCACCUGAAGAGUGCGACACCACAAAGGAUGUCAACGAGAUCACAGAAAGACUGAAAGAUAUCACCGUAGAGGAAGGAAGCACAGUCGGUCUUUUCAAAGUUAGUCAUGUCGGCGGUCACAAGUUCGCUGGAAACGUUAUCAUCCAUUUCCCAUCUGGUGCUAGUGUUUGCUACGGUAGAGUAUCAGCACGUGAAGUUCCAGCUAUUGUACAACAAACAAUUAAACAUGGAAGAGUUCUUCCAGAGUUGCUCCGUGGUGGUGGAAACAUCUGCAGACGUGAUCCACAGAAAUCGUUACGAGAGUUUAAUUAGGAUAUAGAACAAGAUUGGAAUAAUAUAGAAACUACCGUAACUCUGACAAUAGACUUUCAUUAUCAUCAUAAACAUCAUGCACACUCUCUUUAAUCUUGCGCAUUGUCGUCUUGUAGACGUACCACCCCAGUGCGGUUGAAAGAGUCAUUCCUGUGACUAUGCUUGCGAUGUCGAUCAUUUUGCUUGUCCCAUCGAGCUCCUGAUUGGGAUCUGAGAGAUUGAAUAGGCGUGAACCGAUGAAAACAUGUAGAAAAAGUCGUGGUGUGCUAAGCAACGUGGCUAAAAGGAAGUUCCAAUAACUGAGUUGCUCCUCUGGCAAUAGACUGAAACCCAAAUUGCUGUACACCCAUGGGGGUAUCGGGCACAAUCGUAGUAAGACAACCAAACCGAUUCCCCGUUCAGUUAUCGCGAGACUGAUCGCUCGCCAUUUCGGUGAAUUUGACAGCGCACUUAGCCUGCUGCUCCAAAAGGCGCUUUUUUGAAGAGCUCUGCUCAGCUGGAAAACAACUGUCGCACCGGUGAUACUGCCGGCUGCAGCCGGUAGAAUGCCAAAUGGAAAGCCAUAGACGAAUCCGCAUACCGUGAUCAGCAUUCCAUAGCCGAUUAAUGGCGGGAACGAUGCCACCACAAGGCAGGAUACUAGUAUCAGCCAACCAAAGGGCAAAUUCUGUAAUUCGAGAGCAAUGUUUGCAAUAUAUCCAAAUAUCUUCUUAGGACCGACGAGCCAGAUGACGACACCAAGAAUUUGGUGUAAACCGGCCACAGCCCAGAGGAGGAUUUUAGAGUUCCUCAUAGCGUUCACGAAGCGUGUUGUUUAAUGAUACCAUCGUGGUUAUCUAGAAAGACGUAAUUAAGGGUAAAUUAGGAUAAUAUUAUUACAAGAGAUAUCUAAACGCUGGAUGCUUAUCAGCUUCUUCGCUAAGGUCAAGUAUUUUGUCGGGGUCUGCUUCUCCGUAAAGUCUAUCGCGUCUUUUGUUUUCCUGAUAAUAAUACAACGUCAAAAGAGCGCACAUAAGACAUGCUAGACCCAUCAAGGCUAAUGAUAUUGCAUAUCCCUUAACAUAGUCGUCUGAAUCAGGGAAAAUUUUGCUACCUAGAAUGCUACCACACUGAGUGUUUUUAGUCAGUUGCGAAUUUUUAAAGUGAUGGAGUACUCACCUGUCCAAUUGCAUAAAAGAGCCCCAUUCCAGCCGCUUUUUUUGUCUCUGAGCCGAGAUUCGUGCCUACUAGCCAGCCAUUGAUCAUGGCGAUAGAGGGAUAUACACCCAUAACUACGAGGAACACUCCCGCAUAUUUGGCUUCAUUAGUGUUCGUUCCAAUCAAUAUUGCAUAUCCAGCAACGCUGAUGGCUGUAACUAACACCAUGAAUGGUCCUCUUAGCUGCACGUAAUCGCUUAGUAGGGCAACACCGAUUGUUACGCCAGCUGCGACGACAUAUGGUGGAACUACAUGUAAUUGAGCACUUGCAUUCGAGUAGCCAAGCGAUUUGACGAUAGCUGGCAAAUAAACACUCGUUGAACUGAGUGCAUUGUUCAAACAGAAGUAUAUCGCACCCGCCCAGUAGACUUUCCAGUCGAUAAGGGCCGAUAUUACAUGCUUUCUGUUAACACUUCCUGUCGCAUCAGGUUUGCCCACCCGAGUGAUGAUCAAUGAGCGCUCUUGUUCGCUGAACCACAUUGACGAGCUAUUGGGUCGAUCUGGUGUAAGAACCAUCGUGAGUAGUCCGCAGACACAUGCUGGGAGACCUUCGAUGAGGAAGAGAAUCUGCCAGUGUUUGAUAGCUGGUUGUUCAAUGGUCUGGACGCCAUAGGCUAUAGCGCCAGAGAAUGCACCUGCAAUGGCUGCAAUACCGAACCAUAUUGAUAUUCGCAUUGCUAUUUCUUUUUUUGUGUAGAAUAAGGUGAGAUAGUAAACGACGACAGGACCGAAUAGUGCUUCAAAGUGACCGAGGAACCAUCGGCAUGCUGCCAAAGAGCUGAAGUUGAAGGUGGCAGCUUCUAACGAUGCACAAAGUCCAAAUAGGAAGACAUUUAUGCCAAUGAAAAACUUCAUGUUGAACAUUUUCGAAAGUAGAACACCAAAUGGCUGAGUGAUAAUGUAAGAAACAAAAAACAAGCUGACUAUUGUACCAUAUUUGUCUGAACCACCUGCUGAACUGCCGUCGAGGACGUCUUGCUGAAGUCCCUGCAAUUUAGCGUUUCCAAUGCCUUGUCUGUCGAGCUGCGCGAAGAAGUAGUCGAUAGUGAGUAUUGGCAGUAUGAGUAAAUCUAGUUUGAGUUUCAAGCGCCUCUCUGUAAGCUUAUCG